AUGAUGGGGUCCCAAAGUGCGCCCGAGUCAAUGAGUCUAGGCUCCUCCAUAGAGCAAGGCCCAGUGCCAUACUUCCCAAGGCGACCCAAAUUUGGCACGACGAUGAGCCAAAUACAGAUUCGAAUGUGCGAGAGAAGAGAAGCCACCUCCCUUCCGUCGAUGGUGACCACGUGCCGAGGGCAUUAUAACAACACUUGCAACGAUGACAGACGCAGGAGCAUGCGCCGUGAAAUUAGUUUCACUGCAAACGAUGGCGAACCCAAUGAAGGAACGAAGGAACGAAGGUACCGCGCAAAGGAACCCAAAUCAGAAACCGGUCAAGAAAAGUUCCUUAGCACCCCUACGGCUGGCUGGCUGCCUGCCUUGCUGACGAGCUGCAGUACCGGCACGCCCGUUGCAUGUCAUCCUAAAUUUAGACUCCUUUCUAUCCUUCUCCAGCAAGCAUCCACUGCCAACAUUUGA